AUGCGUACCUCAGCUGCUAUUGCUGCUACUAUCUUGGCUAGCUCUGCCACUGCUGCUCCUACUCCUGGCCUUUUGAGCAGUAUCUUCGGCCUUCUCACCAAUGACCUGAACUCGCUCCUCAGCUCUCUUGGUAUCACCUUGCAGACCAACGCCAACAUUCACGGUCCCACCGUUCCAUUCCACGACCAGUGCCCUUUCAGUAUCAACACUUCGGUCAGUCUUUCUACCGACCUUUUCAGCCACGACAUCACCUGGCCUCUGGGUGUCAACGGCGGUGAUUACAUCAACUGGAGAACCUUCAAGAGCAAUGGUGCUAACCUUGGCGGUUGGCUCGAGAAGGAGAGAACCCACGAUCCCAUCUGGUGGUCUUCAGUCGGUGGUGACAACGCUCCUGAUGAGUGGACGCUGUGUCAGACUCUUGGGUCUCAGUGUGGUCCCAUUCUCGAGGCUCGCUAUCAAAGCUUCUUGAACACAACCACCAUCGAUCAGCUUGCCAGCGUUGGUGUCAAUCUUCUUCGUAUCCCCACAACCUACGCCGCUUGGGUUAAGGUCCCUGGAUCCCAGUUGUACUCUGGUAACCAGCAGAAGUGGCUCAAGGCCAUCACCGACUAUGCUGUCUUGAAGUACAACAUGCACAUCAUUAUUGGACUCCACUCCCUUCCCGGUGGUGUUAACAACCUCGAUAUCGGCGAUGCUCUCUUCCACGAUGGCUGGUUCUACAACGCCACCAACCUCGACUACAGCUUCCAGGCUGUUGACGGUGUCCUCAACUUCAUCAAGAACUCUGGCUACCAGAACGCCUUCACCAUCGCUCCUAUUAACGAGGCUUCCGACAAUCUUGCUGGUUUCGGUAGCGCCGCUGGUCUCUCUAACAAUGCUACUAACUGGAUCAACACCUACGUCAACGGUGUCCUCAACAAGAUCGCUGCUGUUGACAAGCGUAUUCCUCUCCAGCUCCAGGACUGCUUUAAGGGAGCUUCCUACUGGGCACCUUUCUACGAUGCUAGCACCAACAUCGUCUUCGACUCGCACGUCUACUACUUCGCCGCUGCUGGUACCUACGCCAAUUACGUCAACCCUGCUGUUUGCGGUCAAGCCCAGUACAUUGCCGAAGAGACCAAGUUCCCUGUCUUCAUUGGCGAAUACUCAUUGCAAGCUAUGUACAACAACACUCUGAACGUCACUACUCGCAAGACUCUCUUCGACACUCAGCGUUACGCCUGGUCGAAGUAUGUUGCCGGUGGAUCAUUCUGGACCGCCGUUUCCUACUCCACCGCAGCCGUCGACGGCGAGGGUACCCAGAGAGACUACUGGUCUUACAUUGACCUCAUCAACCAGGGUGUCAUCACCAAGCAGACCAACGCCUCUUACUGCUAA